AACUCCGUUCCCCGCCAGUCCGCCACUGGAACACACACUCAUCAGUGAAGAGAGGAGAGGAAGUGAGGAAUUGCAGAGCGAGAGACGAAAUCCAUGGAGGAAACGGUACCCUUCAAAAACCUCCACAGCAGAGAAUACCAAGGUCACAAAAAGAAGGUUCAUUCGGUAGCUUGGAAUUGUGUUGGCACGAAGCUCGCAUCCGGUUCUGUCGAUCAAACGGCUCGGAUUUGGCACAUCGAACCUCACGGACAUGGCAAAGUUAAAGAUGUCGAACUGAAGGGGCAUAAUGAUAGUGUGGAUCAGUUAUGCUGGGACCCCAAACAUGCUGAGUUAAUAGCAACUGCAUCCGGUGACAAGACAGUUCGCCUGUGGGAUGCUCGUAGUGGAAAAUGCUCACAGCAAGCUGAACUUAGUGGCGAGAAUAUAAACAUUACUUACAAGUCUGAUGGUACACAUGUAGCAGUUGGGAACAGGGAUGAUGAACUAACUAUCUUGGACGUUCGGAAAUUUAAGCCCAUCCAUAAACGCAAAUUCAAUUAUGAGGUGAAUGAGCUUGCUUGGAACACUACAGGAGAUAUGUUCUUUUUGACAACUGGGAAUGGCACUGUUGAAGUACUAGCAUAUCCAUCUCUUCAACCGGUUGACACCCUUAUGGCUCAUACAGCUGGUUGCUAUUGUAUUUCAAUUGAUCCAUUAGGAAGAUAUUUUGCUGUCGGAAGUGCUGAUUCCUUGGUCAGCCUGUGGGAUAUCACAGAGAUGCUUUGCGUCCGAACAUUCACAAAACUCGAAUGGCCAGUCAGGACAAUAAGCUUCAAUCACACCGGAGAAUUUAUUGCUUCUGCCAGCGAAGACUUGUUCAUUGAUAUAUCUAAUGUUCAAAGUGGACGAUCAGUUCACCAAAUACCAUGUCGGGCAGCCAUGAAUAGCGUGGAAUGGAAUCCCAAACACAAUUUGCUUGCGUAUGCUGGAGAUGAUAAAAACAAAUAUCAGGCUGAUGAAGGUGUUUUCCGCAUCUUUGGGUUUGAGAGCGCAUAGGAUCUGACAGUAUAUGCAGGAAGCUCCAUCUCUGUUUGAAGGAGUUAUCUUAAUCUAUUGAAGUUUUGGUCCAUGCAAAUUGAACUUUGGUAUUUCCGGUUGUAUUUUUUUUUCCCGGUAAUGAAGAGUGUCCAGAUGAACUGGACUCAUCUCUCUAGCCCCUCCUACAGUCAUUUCCACGCAUUUCCUGUUGUAUUCUACCAAUAACAUGUAGCAUUCUCUUGUACCUUUUGUCUUAAUGAAGGCAAAAGAUGUCUACUUAAUUGUAUUUUUGUCUUCCCAUCUUGUUAGUAAUCCAAAAACACAGGAGAUUAUAUGGA